AUUUUGAUGUGAUAAAAUAAGAAAGUUUGAAUUGUAUUUUUGUUGCAAACGAUUUUUAUUUUUGCACAAAAAAUAAAUUUCAGACGAUCUUUCAAAUCAAAGUUUUGAAAUUUAUCAGCGUUGAAAGAGAGAAGUUUAUCGUCUGCAAAAACUAUUGAAAGUUGCUAAAUGGCAACGGAUCGAUUUCAGGACAGCCGCAUUUCUCCAACAGCUGAUUUAUACAAUAUCAAUUAAGAAUUCGAUUACUUGUUUUUGUUUUCAAUAAAAUUUUAUCAAUGCCUAGAAAUAAAGCCGAAAAUGGACGUAAAACUCCGAAAAAAAGCAGGAAACCAAAUGGUCAACAAAAUGGUGGAGCUAACAGUGAUUCCAUUCUAUCCGAAGAAGAAAUAGAUGAAAUUCCAAAGUCUCCAGACAACUCUGAUUGUGAUUCUAAGAAAAGCUUGGGUGAUUUGGAAAAUGAAUCUAACUAUCCUCAAGAUUUUGGUGGAAGUAUGUCAAAAUUAUUGGAAAAAUUUAGUACUGAUAUGAAUAAAACUAUGCAAGCCAAACGAAGAAAAUUGGAACAGUUCACACAGGAAUCAACUCGUUCUACUACUAAGAAAGUUCUUGAAACAAAUAAAAGCCAGUCAAAUGAACGAAAAAAACUCAUUGAUCAAUACCAAAAUCAAUUAUUUGCUGUAAUUCAACAAGGUGAAACCGAAGUUGAGAAAAUGAAGGAAGCUGAAGAUAAACUGCAAAAAGUUUUGGUGCAACAGCAAAAACAGCAGCAGCAAAUAAGAAUUGCUCACUCUCAAAGACUGAAAGUUCUGAAAAAUUUGAGUGAAGAGUUUUGCAAAGGUAUGACUGAGCUUGAAGAAAGUCAUGUUGAACAGUAUUCGGCAGUUCAUGGUGAGUUGAGAAAGGAAAUGGGACUUUUGCAGAAAAAAAUUCUCAUGGAUAUUCAACAACAAGAAAUGAUGAAUGUUCGCAAGCAACUGAAACAAUUAUUGCCAUGAAUUUUGGUUACUGGUUUGUUGUAAACCCACAUCUUAUUUUCUUCAUUUCCCAACAAUACACAAAUUUCAUUCAAUACUUUAAUUUGAAUGGUUUUGUUAAAUUUCUUUUAUUUACAGUACAUGUAGUUUCAACAUGUAAUUCUCUUUUCUUAAAAUAAAACUUGUAACAUACGA